AUGGUGGAUAGUGGUUGCAGUAACCACAUGACUGGAGAUUUGGAGUCCUUCACCGACAUCGAUGACAAAUACCGCUCUCAAGUCAAAUUGGGAGACGGGAAGAAGCUAAAAGUGAAAGGAAAAGGCACAGUUGUUGUAUGCACAGAAGAAGGCAACAAAACUCUCAUUCGAGAUGUUUUGUAUGUUCCGGAGCUAACUCUCAAUCUACUUAGCGUGGGACAACUGAUGCUGAAAAAUUACAAGCUAUUGUUAGAUAAUGGCGUGUGCGAGAUUAUCAACAAAGCAGACAAUUUCAUGGUGGCCAAAGUCCCGAUGACUUCCAACAGAAUUUUCUCUCUUGCUAUGUCACAAAAUGGUGAAGUAGCAUUCAAGAGUGAAAAUCUGGAUCAAUCCUUCCUAUGGCAUCUCAGAUAUGGUCAUCUCAACUUCAGAGGCCUCAAAUUGCUGAGGCAGAAAAAUAUGGUGGCGGGACUUCCCCAGAUCAACAGAGAAGAUAAAAUAUAUGAAGGAUGCAUAUAUGGCAAAAUGCAUUGUUUACCAUUUCCAAAGACAUCUUGGAGAGCAAAAGCGCCACUGGAGUUGGUACAUGCAGACAUAUGCGGUCCAACCCGAACACAAUCACUCAGCGGCAAAAGAUACUUUCUACUAUUUGUAGAUGACUUCACCAGAAUGAUGUGGGUAUUCUUUCUGGAGCAAAAGUCAGAAGCCUUUCCCAAGUUCCUUCAAUUCCAAGCACUAGCUGAGAAGGAAAGCGGCCAUCAAAUCAAAAUUCUCCGUACAGAUCGUGGAGGAGAAUUUAUUUAUACUCCGUUCAUGGAGUAUUGCCGCAACAACGGGAUAAAAAGGCAGCUGACGGUCCGUUACACACCACAACAAAAUGGCGUGGCAGAACGGAAAAAUCGCACGAUUGUGGAGAUGGCGAGAAGUAUGCUCAAAGCAAAAAAGCUUCCCAACAACUUGUGGGCAGAAGCGGUCAAUACAACAAUUUACAUCCUCAACAGAUCACCAACCAAAGCAGUUCGAAACAAGACACCGAUACAUGCGUGGCACCAAAGGGGGCCACAGGUGGAUCACCUCAAAGUCUUUGGGUGCAUAGCUUAUGCACACAUCUCUACUCCAAACCGAGACAAGUUUGACCAGAAGGGAGAAAAGCUGAUCUUCACCGGCUACAGUGAUGAGUCCAAAGGCUAUCGUCUUUACAACCCAGUAAAGAACGAAGUGGUGGUUUCCCGAGAUGUGAUAUUUGAUGAGAUGGCGGAGUGGAAUUGGGAAAAUCCAAUUUCUCAAUCUCCACCAAGUUAUGAAAUUCUGGAGGACUCAGCAACUCUAGAAGACCCCAGCAACGACCCAGAUCCAGUUGCUAGUCUAGAAAGAAAUUCUGCACCUAGCCCAGAAGGAGACAACUUCAGAGACGUCGUAACAGACUCGGAUUCACCUCCAUUGAGAACAAGGUCUUUGCGAGAAAUUUAUGAAACAAGUCAUGUGGCAUAUUUUUCUUGUGAGCCUCAAGUCUUUGAAGAAGCAACCAAAGAUGAAGUUUGGAAUGAGGCGAUGGAUGCAGAAAUUUCCAUGAUCGAGAAAAAUAAGACAUGGGAGCUUGUUGAUCAACCGGAGGACAAGCCGGUUAUAGGUCUCAAAUGGAUCUAUAAGAUCAAAUUCAAUGAAGAUGGUACUAUCCAGAAGUACAAAGCUCGACUGGUGGCAAAGGGAUAUUCACAGCAGCCCGGUAUUGAUUUUCACGAGACCUAUGCACCAGUAGCGAGGAUGGAGACCAUCAGAACAGUUCUCGCUCUAGCUGCUCAACUGGAGUUACCAGUAUACCAGUUGGAUGUCAAAUCAGCAUUUCUGAAUGGAGAACUGGAAGAAGAAGUCUAUGUGGAACAACCACGAGGCUAUGAGAAGAAAGGAGAAGAAGACAAAGUCUAUCGUCUCCGAAAGGCUUUAUACGGGCUGAAGCAAGCACCGAGAGCCUGGAAUAGCAGAAUUGAUCGAUAUUUUCAGCAAAAUGGAUUUCAAAGAAGUCCGAGUGAAUCAUCUCUCUACAUCAAAAAGGGAGUAGGAAAAGAUUUUCUAAUGGUUUGUUUGUAUGUUGAUGACUUGAUUUACACAGGAACAAGUCAGCGGAUGAUUGAAGAAUUCAAAAGUACCAUGAUGAAAGAAUUCGAGAUGACAGACUUGGGACUCAUGAAAUAUUUUCUUGGGAUCCAAGUGAAGCAGUCACCUGGAGAAAUUUUCAUUUCACAGGAGAAGUACACCAAAGAUAUGCUGAAAAGAUUUCACAUGGCAACGUGCAAACCAAUCUCAACACCGAUGGCGUUACACGAGAAAUUACAACGCAUGAUGGAACUGAAAAAGUUGAUGGAAAGCUGUACAGAAGUCUUGUCGGGUUACUCAUUUAACUGA